AUGUCCUGUCGGAUCUCUGUCCUCGGCCUGGUUCUCUUGUGGAUGCAGGGAGCUGGAGCGUCAGAUCCAGACCUGCCAUUCAUGGAGUACCUGGACGAAAACCAUCUGGUGUGUUUAAAAUGGGGAUUUAACGACGAGUUGGAAGAAAUUACCUUCACAUUUGUGGUGAACACAACGGGAUGGAUCGGUUUUGGCUUGAGCCCAAAUGGAAACAUGUUUGAUGCUGAUAUUGUCAUCGGAGCUGUGACACCCAGCGGAAACCACUUCACAGAUCGUCAUGGUAUUGGGAAAGUUAUGCCUGUAAUAGAUGAAGAGCAGAAUUGCAUUUUACAUUCCAUGGGCGAGAGUGACGGACAAACUUGGAUGAAGUUCUCGAGAAAGUUUCUAACCUGUGAUAAGCACGACUACCACAUCAAGGCUGGACCCGAAAAGCUGAUAUAUGCCUACGGACUGAAUGAUAUGAUUGGGUAUCACCAGACACGCAGAGGAACAAAAACAAUCAACCUGCUCAAUUACAAGCCUCAAAUUGGUGUCCCCGACAGCACAAGCAUCACAGUCAGGGUCGACAACUUGGCGAUCCCUGCCAUUGAUACCUACUACCACUGCAAGAUCACCAAGUUGCCAUACCUCGAAAAAAAGCAUCAUGUUUAUAAGAUUGAAGCCGUGAUUGACAACUACGACAUCGUUCAUCACAUCCUGCUCUACAAGUGUCCCAAGUUUGUGACCGUAGGUUCGGACCAGCCGUGCUUCACAGGGGAUGACGGGGAUUACUGCUUGGAGGUGGUGGCUGCGUGGGCAGUUGGAGGGAUGCCGUUUGAGCUGCCAGAGAUUGCUGGGAUUCCAGUUGGAGGUGUGGAUGAGGAUCAAGACAUAUUUUAUCGGCUGGAGAUCCACUACAAUAAUCCACAGGAGCAAACAGGAAGGACCGACAGCUCAGGAAUAAGGCUCUACACUACUGCCGUACUCCGGCAGUAUGAUGCCGGUAUCUUGACUACCGGCAUACAGCCGUUUGGACUGAUCGAAUACAACAUUCCCCAAGGAGCCAAGCAUUUCCAUUCUUAUGGGGUGUGUAACACCAGCCUUUUCCCGGACCUGAUGGAAAACGUGCCCGUCCUCAACGUGAUCGGCGUGAUGCUGCACACUCACUUGGCUGGGAGGAAAGUCAGAGUCGGGCAUUUUGGUGACAAGGAUCAGCUGCUAGCUGUGAAUGAGAACUACGACUUUGAGGUGCAAGAGUCCAUCCUGCUGGGAGAACACAAGAAGAUCAAGCCUGGGGAUGACAUUGUAGUUGAGUGCACCUACAAUACUGAGGAUCGUAAAAAUGUUACCAGGAUGGGAUUUUCCACUAGUGAUGAGAUGUGCCUUGCCUUCCUGCUCUACUAUCCAGCGAUUGAAGUCACCAGUUGUCUCAGUAAACCGAAUGUGACUCACCUGUCAAAGAGCUUCUCGUAA